AAUCUUGAAAUGAUUUUAAAACCUUCCUGAAAGCUUUCUGUAUUAAUCGGUGCUGUAUGGGUAUUUGGCCAAAUUAUUGGACGACAGAAUGAAAAUUUGGACUGUCGAUCUUUCCGUUUUUGAUUUUGCACUUUCCCUCGAGUCACUGUUGAAAGUUGUAACAAUUAAAAAUGCAAAUACAUUCAUCAUUGUAACCACAAAAACGUAGUGUCCACGUACACCUUAACCUCAACGAUGCAAUCGAGAUACGCGUACGACGAUAUUUAUUCACGUAGCAAGUAUGAAAGUACGAAAGUCGUCGGAAAAAAGGAACCAGCGAAAAAUAACGCAUGGGAUAUAUGGCGAGGGGGCUUCGACGGGAUUAAAACGGUUGAAAGUGCAUUCAUUUCUCUGCAAGUCGCGUGUGCGACAACAUCUCCGUGCGCACGAUUACGUUUUACUCGCGUUGCACUCGCAUCUCGAUAUACGCGACAUUUGAAUUGAACGAUCAAGUGAACAUUCAGCGUACAAUCGUCAGUAAAUGCGCGUUCGUAAUUAAUCGUUGGAUUUGGAUAUUACGAGAUGCAGCCGUUCGUGUUCUCGACCAUAGAGAAUGAGAGAGGCGCGAAAUUAGACGAGAUGUUCGAGCUGAGGCCGAGUUUCCUAAAAGUACAACCUGGCAAUUGUCUAUUGCCGCCGAAAUUCGUCUUUUACGCGCAGAAGAUACGCGACCUGACGGUAUACGAGGACGACGUGUGGGCGAUCUCGCACCCCCGGACUGGUAGCCACUGGGCGCAAGAGAUGAUCUGGUGUGUCGGGAAUGAUUUCGAUUACGAAAAGGCUCGCACGCUUUUCAUCGUUCGAAGUCCCUUGCUCGAAGGUUCGGCCGUCAUGAUCAACGGAGAGUACGACGAGUGGUUCAGGAAGCUGGGCGACUCCGUCGAGAACAUAAAGAACAUGCCAAGGCCGAGAUACAUCAAGUCUCACUUGCCGUGGGCUCUACUACCGAAACAAUUGUGCGAGAAGAGGCCGAAGAUAAUUUACAUUACGAGAAAUCCGAAAGACACAUGCGUCAGCUUUUAUCAUUACUGCAGAGCAUUCCACGGCAUGAAAGGAGAUUUUCAGGAAUUUGCGGAACUGAUGCUGCAAGACAGCACUCCGCUGAGUCCGUUCUGGGAUCACGUUCUGCCCUUUUGGAAAAUGAGAGAGCAGGAUAACAUGUUAUUUUUGACGUACGAGGAAAUGAAACGGAAUCAGGUGGCGGUGAUCAAAAGGGCGGCGGAAUUUUUGGGCAAGAGCGUGACGGACGAGCAGAUCGUCGAGCUGUGCGAGCACUUGAAAUUUUCGAAAAUGGCGACGAACCCGGCGGUGAACAUGGAGCUGGUGCUAAUAAGGAACGAGGAUCCGGACUCGAAGUUCAUUCGAAAGGGCAAGGUGGGCGAUUGGCGGAAUUACAUGUCGCCGGAUCUCGCCCGGCGAUUCGACGAAUGGACCGACGAGCAUUUACGCGGAACUGGCCUGGGAUUUCGCACGGAUAGUAUUCCCGACGAGGAGUAAUGCGGGCUCAUCUUGCAAUAUCGCAUAAAUAAUUAAUCAAUUUUUGAGUAUCGCGUACGCAGAAAUUGUAUUCCGAGAAUUACGCGUUGCCAUGGCAACUCUCCGUUUUAGAUUUACAUUAUGCCCGUACUGAUUGCGUCGUGAUAACACGAUUGUACUGUUUAUUGCGAGGAUCGAUCGUAUACUCGCAAAUAUAUCAAUAUAUAAAUACGCAAAGAUCUUGAUUAACAUUAUAUCAUAAGAAAAAUAUCUCUUAAUUUUUAAUUGUUAUUUGUCCGUAAUGCAGCAUGAAAUUAUUAUGAUAAUUGUUAUCUCUUCUCAAAUGUUAAUUAAUAAAAAGCCGAGAUAGAGGAAAGAGUAAUAAAAUACGUAAUGUGUA